AUGAUUGCGCCCCAGCCCUCCUCCUCCUCGCGGGUCCCGCGCUUUAAGACGGAGGCGGAAGCCGCUCCCCGAGCUGCGCCGGCCGCGAGGCUCCCAGAGCCUCGCGAUGGCAGCGGCUCAGAGACGGAGGACAGCGGCACAGCGUUGGAGGAAGAGCCCACCUCGGCCUCAAAGGCCCUGGCUGCGAGCCUUUCCUCACGCGCGCGGCAAGGGGAAGGUGCCGGCAACGCCAGCUUCCGCGACGGUCUGUUGAGGGUCUCUGGCAUCGACGCCGGGGGUUGCCUUGACCUUCAGGGCCUCCUGUCUGGCCUCAAAGAGGGCCUCGCGACGCAGGUGCGGCAGGUUCGUCAAGACGGCGUUAUUCCGCCCCAGGAGCCCCCCGCUGCGGGCGCCAGCAGCAGCCAGGCGAGCCGCGCGCAGAAGGCGCCGGAGCCCAAGGCGCGGCGGAAGCGGCGCUGA